AUGAAGGGUGUCUUUCCGCCUGCUUUCCUUUCCGGUACUGGAACUCCAGUCAACGAUAAUGGUGAAGAUAUCGAGCGGCUGUUCGUCCUCGACUACAGCCCGAUGCAUCGCGGUGUGCCAGAGGCACAGCUUAUCACGUACUCGGCGGAGAAGAAAGUGAGCCAGCUGCAGAUGAUUCACCCCAGAACACAGGCGAUUGAGGUCGACAAGAUGUCGUUGGUGGUCUCCAUCGACGGUGCCUGUCGUGACAACGGGACACCGACGGCUCGCGCGUCAUGGGGUGUCUUCUUCGGCCCAGGCUCCCGAUUCAACUCUAGCGGUCGGCUCAGCCCCUCUUGCCCACAGACGAGCUCUCGUGCCGAGAUCGAGGCUCUCUCCCAGGCUAUCGAUGCCAUCAGGGGUAUCAGCCAUGGCGAUUUGACCCUGCAGGAGAUCAAGAUCCGCUCCGACUCGGAGUAUCUCUGCCAGGCCAUGUCCAUGUGGGUCGAGGGAUGGAUUGAGGACGAUGGAUUGCGCCCGAACGGGCAACCGGUGGCUCACUUGGAGAAACUCAAGGAUAUCCACGGCGCAAUAGACGAGAUGACCUAUGGCGACGACGGCGGUCUGCAGUUCCAGUUCUGGCACGUGCCGAGAGGGGAGAAUCGUGAGGCUGACGCACUGGCAAAUAGUGCGCUGGACGAGUGA